AUGUGCACAGUCUGUGUGGGCGCAGAAGCCGUCCGCAGAACUUCUUACGUGCUGCUGUUUGUGCAGUUCCUGGGCGCAUUGAGCUUCACCGUCGUGCUUCCGGAAGCUGCCCAGCUUUCAGAGGUGCGUACUUUUGGCCUGCUGGAUGGGUUCGCUUCUUCGCUUCGCGCGUCCAGUCUAGAUGGAUUUGCACUUCUCAGUGCGGCAAUGGCAUUGGGUAAAGACGAUGCUUUCUCCGGGACCUUGAUCGGUGCCUUCACGCAGGGCAACUUCUUGGGGCGCCUGCCCAUGUGGAUCUGCAUCAGGUCCCGGCCGGAGCUCUGGCGAAACGCUCGGGUCAGUCUGUUGGCAUUGCUUUUGCUGGUGCUGCUCAGCACUACAUGCUUUGCCACAAUCGGAUUCUGGGCCUCGCGUGGCUCCCCAAACUUGUCCUUGCUCCUCUUGGCCAGCCGCGCGAUGAGCGGAGUUGGUUUUGGAGCAUGUGCACAGCUGUUUCAAUACAGCCUGAGCAUGAUGAUCCCACCGGACCAGCGGCCAGAGCAGAUGUCUCGGUUUGCCAUGGCGAAUAUGUUGGGGAUCGGCUUUGGGCCCUUAGUGUCUUCGGCUGCUCUGUUUCUAUUUCCUCGUCUCAUGGAGGGACGCUUCGAUGCCAUCUCUACUACGCAGGUGGGCAUCGCGUUGGCGGCGCUCGGCGCCGUCGCCUUCUGUUGGCCAAGGGAGAUCAGAGGUACGGAUGACGACUGCCCACUUCAGGUGGAGACAACGACAAGCAAGGAAAAUGUGCUGAAGAGGCGCCUGGUGGUUUGCGGUUGCCUUUUGAUGUCUAUGACGAGGCAACUGGUGUGUGUUGCUUUGGAGGCAGGCACCAGCUUGCUUCUGGAGCGGCGCUAUGGGUGGCAGUUAGAGCCCAUUGGCGUCGUCAUUGGCCUUCUGUUCUUGGGCUGCGUACCCUUGAAGGUUGUACACAUCCGAUUCAAGGACAAGCUGUCAACAGUCGGGUGGAUUCAGCUUCUCUCCUACAUGGCCAUUUUCUCUGCACUGCUAUUGUUUGACUUGAUCCCGAACAUGAGCCUAGCCACGUUGCUCAUUGCAGAUGGCCUGAUGUUUCCGACCUUGUACUUGACAGAUGGGCUAAGUGUUGGCAUCAUGCAGCAGCAUGUGCUGCCGCAUGGGUCUUGCUGUGAUGCCAACACUGCCAUGCUUUGGUUCGGCUUCUUGGCCAACGGUGUUGGGGGCUUUGGGGCGUUCCUCGGGCGCCGAUCUAUCCAAUCCCACGGGCGGAACUCAUAUGCCGUCCAGCAGCUGUCCAUUUCCUGCUGCUUCUUGGCCAUUUUCUACAGCCUUGUGCUUCCAGCAUUGAGGGGUCUCAAGGCCGGGGCGAAGGCCGAGGCAAAUACGUCGUCGUCCUCGUCCUCACCGCUGUCAUCGUCAUCGUCGUUGGCGACUCCGGACGAAACAUCGAUGGAUGCCCGGGAUGCGCGGGAGCAGAUGCAACUGCAGAUGCAACCUGGGACCUCUUGGAUGGCAUCGGCCAAGGACAAUGUGAUGUCUUUGGAAGAUGCGGAGGCGCAAGCGGAAUGCCGAACAGUGACCAGCGAGCGUCGCCGCCGCUGGGUGGAGAUCUGUCUUCAGCGCAAGCUGAUUUUUGCACAUGUUCCAAAAGCCGCAGGUACCUCGGUGAGCGCGGCCAUCUUCUUCCGUCCAGACGAGGUUGCUUUGAAAGCGCAGCAUAUGUCAUUGCAUCAGUUCCGCAGUGACAUGGGGCAAGCUGCUUUCAAUGCGUGCUACAAGGUCACGGUAGUGCGGCAUCCUUUUGAUCGACUUCUGAGUGCCUACAACUACAAUGUUGCAGACGUUCCUUCAGCGCAUCAGAUUGAGAACGGCAAGAAGAUCUGGAUCGACCAGAUAGGCCAUCGAUUCGUCACAGCUUUCAGAUCUUUGCACGAGCUGGUGGACUACUUGUAUGAGUUCAGUUUGCAAGUGGCCGCCGGCGAGAAGCAGUGGGCUACCAUGUGGCCGGCAGAUGAGCUCGGAGACAUCCCCAUCCACUUCCGUCCCAUGUGGACGUUCCUUGCCGACCCAGACACCGGCAAUUUGUUGGUGGAUCGCGUGGUGCACUUCGAGCAGAUGGCGUCGGAGCUUGCAAAGUGUCUCGGUGAAGCUCCGAGCCAUAUUGAUGCCAAGAUGCGGCGUGGUCUGGGCCACGAGCGGAAGUCCUCGAGGUCGUGGAUGUUUUUGGAGUAUCAUGCAGAGGUCAUCCAGAAAGUGCAGUUCAUUUAUGCGCGUGACUACGACCUCUUCGGAUAUGAGCGUGUAACAGCCUGCACCACGCCCUGA